UAAUCUAAACUAUGCUUGACUAAAUCGUCUAUGUUUAUAUCAUAAACAAUAAAUAAUUUUGAAAUGGCAACAAAAACAUUAUUUAAUCUGUGAUAGGAGAACAACAGAGUUUUUUUGUUUUGAUGUAUCGCCGCUUUACUUUUAUUGCGCGAAGUUUUGUUUGUUUUUGUGAUUUUUAUGUGUAGUUAAUCAAAUCAACUAUAAGAAAAUAUAUAAUUAUGUAAAUUACUGUACAGUAUCGUCUUUGGAAUUUACAAAAUGCCUUAUUAUUGCACUGUUCCUCGGUGUACUUCCAUGGCUGGGAAGGCCAAAAAUGUAUCUUUUCAUCAAUUCCCAAGGGACGAAAAAUUAGCUAAAUUAUGGAAUGAAAUACUAAGGAGAGGCAAGCCGUAUACAAAAUACUCAAAAGUAUGUAGUUUACACUUCAAACCCGAAGAUUACACAAUCACAAGUGUAGGAAAGAAUAAAGGUCAAUGGAGAACUUUACGUAAGGAUGCAAUUCCAUCUCAAAAUCUGCCAUCAGAAACACCAGCGCCUUGCCAAAGGACUAGAAACUCUGGCUCAUGGACAUCAAACACUCUAACAACAAAUAUUUUGGAAUCACAGAUGCAACAGCAAAUGGCACAAGCUAUCUAUGUUCAGACAAUGCUUGCCAUACAGGCUGCUUCUACCACGGAUAACUACAACUUGAAUACUUGUAAUGGCCCUCAGCUAAACACGGAUGAAUCUACAUCAUCAAAGUCUUCUACUAUUGAACAAAUUCUAAAUACACAAGCAGUCGAAAAUAUACCACCUGAAAACAAAAUAGAAACAAAAUUAGAAACUAGCUCAUACAAAUGCACUGAAUGUUUAAAGUGCUUUAAAGAUCCUGAUGUGUUUAUAUUGCAUAGACGGAUACACACAAAAAAUAUGGAUAAGCUAGUUACCACAAGUACAAGUGAGAAAGAGAAUCUAAACACAAAUGGAGAUGUGAAACAGGAGAUGUUAAAAGCUAACCCAAUACUAGCAAACCUCUUGCAAACAGGUGUUGCACAAGAAAGUCAUCCUAGCGACACAGUAUAUGAUACCAAUAAUAUAGUAAGUAUAGAAAACCAUAUAAUGACUGCACUAGCUGCAAAUAUGGAGAAUUACAUCAGAAGUUUGUCAUCUGUGAUGAAUACAAGACUAAAUGGUGGAUCUGAUGAAAUUGAUAGUCCCAAUUCAACAGAUUUUCAAAACUCUACGGACCAAGAUCAGGAGUGUGAUACUGAUAUAAAUAAAGCGGAAGACCCUAAUAACUUGGUUAUAGAGGAAAAUGCGUGAGUUUUUAUAUAAUGUUCUGUGUAAAAAGUAUCGGGAAUUCAUAGUUUAGAGAUAGUAUGUAAAAUGUAUUGAUUUAAUUUUCUUCUAUAAUUCGUAGCAUAAUACUAAUUUGUUAUACAAAAUCUAAACAUUAUGGGUCAACUACCAUCUGACAACGUUUUAAUACUCUUAUUCUUACUAUUUUCAUCUUAAACGUUUCAAUGAAUUAACUGUGGACCUGUAGCAAUGAUAAACUUGGCCUUAAUAUGAAUUCAUGAUUUACCUUGCAAAGAAUCAUGUCUCGAUCUCCGAACAAAUUUUAUAGUUUUUGUAUUAUUUUCUACUGUGGUAAUAUUUCAGUAUGUAUUUGAUAAUUAUUAUGAAGUUGUCAGCAAGUGUGCGAGUAAAAAAUACAGUGUAUUGUAAAUAAGAAGCAAUGUAAAAUUGUUAUAAAUUUCACUGUUAACGAAUUUAUAAUUUGUUUUAGAUAGUGUAUUAUUUUUCAUGCAGUGUAUGUCACUCCAACUAUUGGUUAAUUUGACACUGGAAACUAUGUCUAACUGAAUUUUAAUUAAAUUUUAUUAUGUGAACUAUAGACUGAUCAAUGAAAGCUAAAUAGCACAUACAUAAAUAUACAUUUCUAUGAUCUCUAUUUUAUUAGUUUUAAGUGAAUUUUCAAGUUUAUUUUUUUACUAGAAAUAGCAAACUAGUGAUGCACUUGAAAAAUAUAAUUUUAACCUUUUAUUAAGAAAAAGAAAAUAGAUUCCCACCUAUAUAAUCGAUAUCUUGUAUUGUAAGUGUAUAGAUAUUGUAAAAAUAUUAUAUUUUUAAUAAGAUAAAAUUUAAGCUAUUGUAAUCAUUUUCUGAUUAUUAACGAUACGUUUUUGUAUCGACGGUUGGGCCGAUUUUAAUAUAACUGUAAUAGAAUAAGUAAAUUGUGUCAUCCCUAUUUAACUACAAACAGGUAAUAAGGAUGGCACAAUUCAACCUAUUAAGUAAAUUAAAACGGCACAAUACAAUCGGAAGCCAAUUUUGUUAAUAAAUAACAAAAUACAUAAUUUGGUACAGUCAGACAAAAUUUUAAUAUUUUGAUCCGGAAAAAAUAUAUGACACUUCAAUUCUAAAAAAAUAAUUUAGAAUGGGACUUAAUUCUAUAAAUAUAUAUCAAACAUAUCAAUAUAGGAAAAAUAAUUAUCAAAAUCGGUUCAAUUUAUAAAGAAAUCGCAUAACAAACAAUACAUUCAAACUGAAAACCUUUUUAUUUUCUUAAAAAUUGCCAACACUUAUUUCUAUAUAUAAAAUGCUUUAGUAUUAUUUUUCUAGCAUAGGGGCAAAAUCUUAUUAUUCCAUUUUAUGGUUUCCUAAAAUUAUUACGUGGAGUUAUAACUCAGUCUGUGAUUUUGCGUGUUUAUUAAUAAGCAUAUUUAGUUUAUUUUUUAAAUACAUAAAUGAGUAAUUUUUGUCUGACUGUACAGAAUAAUUAGUAUAUCAUAUAGACUGUAUUAUAGACUGAUUUCUUUAUAAUUAAGUAAUCAUUAAUGUUAAAGUGAUCAAUAGUAUUUUAUAUUCUGGAUUUUUUUAAUAGUAACCAAGUCCAUCUGUUUGUUAAUUGAAAUAUUUGAUUAUAGAAAAUUAAAAGACACUUUGGUAUCUCUGCAGUCAACCCAGUAAGGGAUCUGACAUAAGAAAACCACGGCUUGCCCUAUGAGGUCUGAUUUUCCCAUGGGGAUUUCCAUAAACCCUUUUUAGUACCUAUGUUACGUCUACAUCACAAGUAAGAAUCUAUUGCUUUAAAAUUUAAAUAAGUUGUUUCAAUAAUAAUAAUAUUAUACACAGACUAAGAGGGAAGUUAUUCCUAUUAAUGUAAUAUACAUAUGUAUUUCUGGCCUAUAGCAUAUCAAAAUAAGACUGUAAAGUAUUUGCAAUAUAUUUUUUUUUAAUUCAUAAGUCUUAAAAUUUAAGAACCAGUGAUGUCACAUGUUAAUUGUGUGAGAGUAACUCUAGUGUUGAAGAAUUUAUAGCGCGUCCUCGCAUAAUUUUUUUAGGCAAUCGAUCUUUCGCCUUAUCAAUAUUAAGUUUUUUCUACCUAUUCAUUAAAAUUAAUUUUACACUUAUAUAUAAUUAAUCGGUUCUUAUUUGUUUUGAGUGCGCAGAUAUUUCAACACUAUGACAGCGGGUAUGACGUUAUGGAAAAAUUAGUUUGAUAAACAGAUGGAUAUCGUAGUAACACAAUAGACUUAGUGGAAUCCUGGUCACACAUUUGGAUUGUGUCAAUUCUAUUCGUAUA